AUGUCUGGGACCGUGAAUCCAGCGUUCGAGGAUAGCGAGCUGAACAUGCUAGAGGCUGGCCUGCGCGUCGAUGGUCCCGCGAAAGACAAGGAAAACAUAGAAGACCGUGAAUCUGUCGGUUGUUUGGCAGCAGGAUACAACGCAUUCAGCGUGUUCCUGUCGAGGCACCAAAGGAUCGUCAGGUUGCUCUCUCUGCUGGUGUUCAACGCUGUGGUGGUGAUCUACUUCAUUUUCGCCACUCAGUAUUGGAGAAACUACAAUCAGGAAUAUGGGUUCAACUGGUGCCACGGUUACGGUCUACUGCUAAUCCUGUUCGUGAUCGGCUACGGUGGACUGUUUUAUCACUACGCCGCGAGAUAUUUCGGCAAACCACUUGGACGAUGUUGCUCGCCGUACAACGAUCGAGUGAAAGAUUUCCGAAGGACCAAAUACGGCGGAACGAUUUGUAAAUCGGCGAUCUACGUGUGCGUGUUCGCGGCGAUUAUCAUUUUCCUGAUACUGGACACGAUCGAAUCGCGGGACCGGCUGAUCAGCGCGGCGGGCGUGGCGAUCCUGAUGGGCCUGGGAUGGAUAUUCUCGAAGCAUCCCGGUCGUGUCAACUGGAGGCCUGUUCUACACGGUCUCAUACUGCAAUUCCUCUGCGGUCUGUUCACGAUCCGAUGGGCCGUCGGCAGAGCGAUCUUCGAGUGUCUGGCCGACAAAGUGACGACGUUCCUCGACUUCGCGAAAAGCGGUGCAGCCUUUAUUUUCUCCGAUCAACUGGUCGACGACGGUGUCUUCGCGUUCUCCACGCUGCCGGUGAUCUUCUACUUUAGCUUCAUCAUCCAAAUUCUCUACUAUCUGGGCGUGAUGCAAUGGAUCAUUCUUAAUCUGGGCCGUAUCCUCCAAGCUCUAAUGGGAACGACCAUCUGCGAAUCGGUGAACUGCGCCGCGAACAUCUUCAUCGGGAUGACGGAAUCCCCGUUGCUCAUUAAACCCUAUCUGAACAAGUUGACCGCCUCCGAGUUGCAUGCUAUCAUGUGUGCGGGUUUCGCGACGGUAUCAGGAACGGUGCUCGCGGCGUAUAUCGGGUUCGGCGCGAAUCCGGCUCACUUGAUAACCGCGUCGGUGAUGGCAGCACCGGCCGCUCUGUGCUACUCGAAGCUAUUUUACCCAGAGACCGAGAAGAGCCUGGUCACCCGCGAAGACAUCAAACUGGAGGAAUCGAAAGAUGCUAGCUUGAUGGACGCUGCGAGCAAAGGUGCCCUGGCGGCAAUACCCUUGGUCCUUGGUAUAAUCGCGAAUAUCAUCGCAUUUGUAUCGUUUAUCGCGCUUGUGAACUCGUUGCUGGGUUGGCUGGGCAUGCUGGUUGGCUACGAUGCCCAUACCAUCGGUGCACCCCUUAGUCUCGAAUUUAUAUUAUCGAAAGUGUUCAAACCCCUGAGUUGGAUAAUGGGAGUGCCCUGGGAGCAAUGCGAGGACGUGGCCACUCUGAUUGGCCUGAAGACCGUCGUGAACGAGUUCGUCGCCUAUCAGAAACUGGGAGAGUUCAAGAAAAUGGGCAAAAUUUACGGUCGUACAGAGGCGAUCGCCACAUUCGCGAUCUGCGGGUUCGCUAAUCCAGGAUCCAUCGGGAUCACGUUAGGCGUGUUGACCAGUUUGGCGCCAGAACGAAAGGAGCAGAUCGCUAGUACUGUGCUACGAGCCUUUGUGGCUGGUAGCGUUGUAUGUUUCCUCACGGCUAGCAUCGCUGGCAUGCUGAUAACCGACGGUGCCUUCGAUAGCGUGGCGAACGUAACGACUGCGUUAAACGGGAUUGUUGCGAACGCGACUACAAUUAAUAGGUAACUCUGACCGAGGUU